AAUAAGCUACUCGAUUUAUUGAUCGAUUAAUCGAAAUUGAACUUGCUACAGUCCGUUAAUGCCAAUGCGCAUGAUCUGUAUACAUAUAUAUAAUAUAUAUCUGUACAUAUAUAUAUAUAUAUAAUAUAUAUGUAACUAUAAAGCAACUUCAGAACGAAAGAUCUCGUUCUUUUAGUUAAGUCAGUCAUAAAACUGAUACGUACAUACAUCGAGCGAAAUCACUAUCAUAUAUAUUUCUUGAUUAAACAGUACGCCAUAUUAGCUCCGUUAAAACGAUCACAAUGGAUAUUAAUUUCCAAGGCAAGCGUAUUCUCGUCACGGGUGCUGGACAAGGAAUUGGUAAAGAUAUAGCACUUCGUCUAUCCAAACAUAAAGGGAAAGUAAUAGCUCUUAGUAAAACGAGCGAACAUUUGAAUAAAUUAAUUGCCGAGGAUCCAGAGAUCAUACCAGUAUGCGUUGAUCUUAGAAAUUGGAAAGCAACGAGACAAGCUAUUGAAAAUGUUUUACCGAUUGAUCUAUUGGUGAACAAUGCUGGUAUAGUUCAUCUUUCUCCUUUCUUGGAUGCAACACCGGAAGAUUUUGAUUUAAUAUUUGAUGUCAAUGUUAAAGCGAUUAUGAACGUAUCUCAAGUGGUCGCUAAAAACAUGAUUGAAAGAAAUGUUGCUGGCAGUAUUGUUAACAUGUCCUCUCAAGCUAGUCAAGCUGCCUUGAAGGAUCAUACUAUUUAUUGUUCUUCCAAAGGAGCCGUCGAUAUGUUGACUAAAAUGAUGGCUCUCGAACUUGGCCCACAUCAAAUUCGUGUAAACGCUGUAAAUCCUACGGUCGUCCUCACGGAAAUGGGAAAAUUAGGAUGGAGCGACAAAGACAAAGCUUCAAAUAUGAUCAGCAAAAUUCCAUUGGGUCGAUUCGCAGAGAUCGACGAAGUCACAGAUGCUGUGGUAUAUUUAUUAAGUGAGCGCAGUUCAAUGAUAAACGGAAUAAUCUUACCCGUAGACGGUGGAUUUUUAGCAACAUAAAUUGCUCAAUUUAAAUUAUGGAACAUUAUAAAACACUACGCAUUUUAUUCUUUUCUUUCCUGUUUCUUUUUUUGUUCCCCCCCACUAAUUCGAAGCUCCACAUAAUAUGCAAAAUAAAACUUCAAUAUCGCUACGUCAAACAUUCAUAUGUACAUAUAUAUUAUACGAUAAAAAUUAUCUAUGGCCGUCAGAGAAAAAUUAUAUCUUUACGAAAAAAGGAAAAAAAGAUAGUAUAAAUAAAUAAAAAAUAAAAGAUAAAUAGAUUUUACUCUUUUCUUUUUUCUUUUCCCCACUAAUUCGAAGCUUCAUGUAAUAUGCAAAAUAAAACUUCAAUUUCGCUAGGUCACACAUUUAUAUGUACAUAUAUAUUAUACGAUAAAAAUUAUCUAUGGCCGUCAGAGAAAGAUUAUGUAUUUAUAAAAACAAAGAAAUAAAAAAAGAAAAAAAAAAAAGAUAAAUAAAUAAAUAAAUAAAAAAUAAAAGAUAAAUAAAUAUUUAUUAACACUAUGCCGUCCAAUGACACCACUGUGUUGUGCGCAGAAUAGCGGUCAACGGCCGGCGACACCACAGUAUUGUGUGCAUAGUAUCGCUCAGUAGCCGGCGACAGCACUUUAGUAUCUUUUACAUUCUGUUGAUGUUUUGUUUAGGUAACAAUAAGUUACAUACGUCAACCAGCUUUUUGUUCUUACGAAUAUUUGUACGAUAAGCCCAAUAAUCCGAAUUAGCGUUGUCGGCGCCAAGCGAAUAAAUUUUUACGAGAUCUGCGGACGGCAAAGUGUUAAUUAUAUAAACGAAAAAAAAAAAAAAAAAAAAAGAAAAGAAAAACAAUAACUUUCACUUAAUUUUUCAUUAUCGUCUUCGCUAAUUAUUAUGAGAUAGGAAGAUGAGGAAAGUCAUACACACAACAAGAAUCGUUGAACUUUUUCUUUCGAUCGUCUGUUAUAUUUUAAAAAAUGUGUUUACUCUUGUAUUAUUUCUUUUGGUUUUUUUUUGUCUUCUUUUUCUUUCUCUUAAAUCUUUUCUUCUUUCUUUAUUUUUUUUUUUUCUUCUUUUUUAAUCGUCAACUGAAACUUAGCAAGCAGGCGGCAAGAAAAUUCUUAGACGAUCAGUCCCUCUUUUCGAAAAUACACGUAAACAUUUUCGGAAAAUAAUUUACCGGCACAAAUUUCUCUCUCUCUCUCUCUCUCUCUCUCUUUUCUUCUUCUUCUUAUUAUUAUUAAUAGUAUUAUUAUUUCUUUUUUCUUUUUUUGUUUUUUUUCCCCUUUUAAAGUUUUCCUGCCGCAGCUGCUUCCAUUCUAAAACAAACGGUUUCAUUCGACUCCUAAUUGUUAUUUUACUUUGCUCUUAUAAUGAAACAUAAAACGGUGGGACAAGAUAGAAAUCGGGUUUAGAUAGGCCGAAUGAAAGAAAAAAACAUUUUAGAAAUCAUAUGUUACGUAUGACCUAUCUAACAAACUAAUUAACUAUUUUAAUGAGUUAGAUUUGAUGAUGGUCGGAUUAGAAAGGGCAAGGACACAAUGCAACAAAAUUAUCAAUCGAUAUUAAAUUCUUAUUUAAAACGCGAUGCGAUAUCUAAUAUGCGUAAUCAUAAAUGUUCGUUGGAUUUUGAUAUUUGAUUCUUCGGUUUUACUUCUUUCUUAUUUUUCUCUCUUUGUGUUUUUUUUUUUUUCCUUUCACUUCUUUUCAUUUUGUUUUUCUUUUUGUAUCUUCACAAAAAAACUUCACGAAGCGUCACGAACGGAGUACACAAAAGCGUUACACAACAAUUUACGUGGAUUCGGUGAUAUUUUAUCGAAGUAAACGAAUCUUUUCAUUCUUUCGAUGACGUUUUUUUAACCGAUAUAAAUAAUCGAGUAUAAACGAUACGAAAAAAUGAAGAAACUUUGUAAAAUGAUUAUAUAUCAUUUAAUAGCACACGCCGGUACUUACUACUACCCACGAACUUUUUGAUCAUUGUCGUGUAAGCGGUUCGAUCGCUCUCCCUCUCCUUAUAUUAGUAAUACAUAAUAUUUUUUUACAUUCGUUUUACGCUCGAAUGAAAAACAACAACAACAACAACAACAAAAAAGGAAACAAAAACGAAAGAAAAAAAAAAUAAAGAAGAAGAAGAAGAAGAAAAAGAAGAAAAAGAGGUCGAAAAAUAAAUUCAAAAGAAAAGCUCUCAGAGAUCAUUCUCUUUACUCCCUACUGAAACUGAUACAAACGCUUUGAUUUUAUUCGAAAGUAAUAAUAAUAAUCCUUGGAUAUUAUCGUUCUGAAUGAACGAAUUAAAUUAAUGAUAAACGAUGUGUAAACUUAUUAUAAUUAUAAAAUUUCAUAUCGAAUUUUAAUGGAUUAUGAAAAAUCAGGACAAUGGUAGAACUUUUGUGAUGAAACACCAACAAGAUUGAUCCAAGAAAAUAUUCUUAUAUCUUUUCGGAUUACAGGCAUGCGCGCACAAAUACAUACAUACAUACAUACAUAGAUACAUACAUACAUACAUCCUUAGUAUCCACUGUCCUGCUAACAAGGAAAAUAAAUGAUAUUCUUGAAAACAAAAUAAAAAAAAAAAAAAAAAAAAAAAUGGAUUAAUUUUAAAACACAAUGAUAAUCUCCUUAGAUUAUCUCUUAUUACCAUUCUAAGAAUCAUUUCUAUUCGUACCUUAGGUAUUAGAAGAAUCAUCAUUCUAGUCAACUGAUUACUAUAGAGGUAAAAUGUUUUUCAUUAUAAAAAAAAAAUAAGACACUGGAAAUAGCUAAUCGAAUAACGUAUGUACUAACGGAGGACUUUCUCGAUAUAAAAUGGCUGAUAGCAAAAAUUAAAACGAUAUAUAUAUAUAUAUACAUGUAUUAUGUAAUAAUAUCAUGUAAAACUAAACAUUUCUAUGAAAAAGAUUGCCACAAAAAAUUAUCACAAAACAUAUAGUUGUUUUGUUGAUAACGAAGAAUUCUGAAGAGCACAGUUUUACGUUAUUAUUGGUGGGGGGGAGGGGGCGGAGGAAGAAGAAGACAAUUAAAUAACUAACCAUCAAAUAUACACCAUCUUUUGAAAUUAACUAGAUAUUUACUGGAAGUAAUUAAACGAUUCUUUUGCUAUAGAUAUUACAAGAGAUUAAUACUCUGGAUAUACAUAUAUACAUAUAUGUACUUGAAAUUAUUAAAUGAACUGACUUUCAAAAAAUAAUCUCUGGACGGAAUAAUCUUCCAUCUUUUUGACAUAUAGCAGAUUAUUAUUAUUAUUAUUAUUAUUAUUAUUAUUUUUUUUUUUUUUUUUUUUUUUUUUAUUAAGUACGUUCGCCUAACAACGUUUCUAUUUUUUCUAUCAAUAUUCUCGUUCUGCACAAUAAGUAGAACGAAGAAUAUGCUUUCCCUUUCAAGAAAGUAAUCUGAUUAUUAAAUAAAAGAAUUAUCAUUUUCUAUUAGCUAAUCAAUUAUGACGGAAAUAAAUGUAUUCUAUAGAAGAUAUUACCAAGAGAAGAGAUCUUUGUUACAAAUGAAAGAUUACGACAAUUAAUAAUCCAAAAGAUUGAAUAUGCGUUAACUUUGGAAGUGUGCGUUUGUAUCAAGUUAAAAAAAAAAAAAAAAAAAAAUAUCAUAGGUAUCAUUUCGGUGUAUAUAAACGACAAUAUGGAACGACAAUCAAUCUAUAAGAAUAAUUGGAAAAUGAAUGAGAAUGUAUCAUCGAUAAUACGAAGAGCUACGUUAAGACAAAAAUUAUAUGUUAUUUUUACAGCGUGCCGAAUGUGAGUGAGCACAAAGUCGCAUAUUUUUUUCUUUUUUUGCGAUUGUUACAAAGACAUUAAGGAAUAACAUUUUCUCAUUUUCAAAAACAUCGUUGGGGCGAGGGAAGGGGGGCAAAGUGGAGGGGGGGGGUCAGGAAGAGGAGGUGUGAAAGAAAGAAAAAAAGAAAAAAACAGGAUAAAAUUGUACUCCUAUACUCUGUCAACUUCGACUCGAAAACAUUUCAUUCGAAAUGUUGCGUGAAAAGAAAAUAAAAUCAAAAAAAAAAAAAAAA